CCGGGACGCUCGGGGACUGCGGACCGGCGCGCUUGCCCGGGGUGGGGGUGCGGAAGCGCCCGAGUCCUGGGCACCGGGCGAGGGUGUGAGAGGCGCGGAUGCCCGUGAGGGAGCCGAGGACGCACGGAGGGUUGGGUCGGACCUGAACCCCUAAAAGCGGAACCGCUUCCCGCCCGCGCGCCCGCCGCCCUCCCGGAGCUGAGUCGCCCGCGGCGGUGGCGGCGCCGGAACCGGAGUUUCCUCUUUCACUGGAUGGAGCUGAACUUUGGGCGGCCAGAGCAGCACAGCUGUCCGGGGAUUGCUGCAUGCUGAGCUCCUUCGGCAACAUCCAGCAGCGACUCAGGAUUUUUUUAGGGGGGUGGGGACCAGCCGCGCGCGGGCACCAUGUUCCUGGCGACCCUGUACUUCGCGCUGCCUCUCCUGGACUUGCUCCUGUCGGCCGAGGUGAGCGGCGGAGACCGCCUGGACUGCGUGAAAGCCAGUGAUCAGUGUCUGAAGGAGCAGAGCUGCAGCACCAAGUACCGCACGCUGAGGCAGUGCGUGGCGGGCAAGGAGACCAACUUCAGCCUGGCAUCCGGUCUCGAGGCCAAGGAUGAGUGCCGCAGCGCCAUGGAGGCCCUGAAGCAGAAGUCGCUCUACAACUGCCGCUGCAAGCGGGGUAUGAAGAAGGAGAAGAACUGCCUGCGCAUUUACUGGAGCAUGUACCAGAGUCUGCAGGGAAAUGAUCUGCUGGAGGAUUCCCCAUAUGAACCAGUUAACAGCAGAUUGUCAGAUAUAUUCCGGGUGGUCCCAUUCAUAUCAGAUGUUUUUCAGCAAGUGGAGCACUUUCCCAAAGGGAACAACUGCCUGGAUGCAGCCAAGGCCUGCAACCUCGAUGACAUUUGCAAGAAGUACAGAUCGGCAUACAUCACCCCGUGUACCACUAGCGUGUCCAACGAUGUCUGCAACCGUCGCAAGUGCCACAAGGCACUCCGGCAGUUCUUUGACAAGGUCCCGGCCAAGCACAGCUACGGAAUGCUCUUCUGUUCCUGCCGGGACAUCGCCUGCACAGAGCGGAGACGACAGACCAUCGUGCCUGUGUGCUCCUAUGAAGAGAGGGAGAAACCCAACUGUCUGAACUUGCAGGACACCUGCAAGACAAAUUACAUCUGCAGAUCUCGCCUUGCGGAUUUUUUUACCAACUGCCAGCCAGAGUCAAGGUCUGUCAGCAGCUGUCUAAAGGAAAACUACGCUGACUGCCUCCUCGCCUACUCGGGGCUUAUUGGCACAGUCAUGACCCCCAACUACAUAGACUCCAAUAGCCUCAGCGUGGCUCCGUGGUGUGACUGCAGCAACAGUGGGAAUGACCUAGAAGAGUGCUUAAAAUUUUUGAAUUUCUUCAAGGACAAUACAUGUCUCAAAAAUGCAAUUCAAGCCUUUGGCAAUGGCUCUGAUGUGACCGUGUGGCAGCCAGCCCUCCCAGUACAGACCACCACUGCCACUACCACCACUGCCUUCCGGGUCAAGAACAAGCCACUGGGGCCAGCAGGGUCUGAGAAUGAAAUUCCCACUCAUCUUUUACCACCAUGUGCAAAUUUACAGGCACAGAAGCUGAAAUCCAAUGUGUCGGGCAAUACACACCUCUGUAUUUCCAAUGGUAAUUAUGAAAAAGAAGGUCUCGGUGCUUCCAGCCACAUAACCACAAAAUCAAUGGCUGCUCCGCCAAGCUGUGGUCUGAACCCACUGCUGGUUCUGGUGGUAACCGCUCUGUCCACCCUAUUAUCUUUAUCUUUAGCAGAAACAUCGUUGCUGCAUUAAAAGAAAACCAAUAUGGACAUGUAAAAAGACAAAAACCAAGUUAUCUGUUUCCUGUUCUCUUGUAUAGCUGAAAUUCCAGUUUUAGGAGCUCAGUUAAGAAACAGUUCCAUCCAACUGGAACUUUUUUUUUUUCUUUUAAGAAAGCUUCUUGUGAUCCUUCAGGGCUUCUGUGAAAAACCUGAUACAGUGCUCCAUUCCAAACUCAGAAGGCUUUGGGAUAUGCUGUAUUUUAAAGGGACAGUUUGUAAAUGGGGCUGUAAAGCAAACUGGGGCUCUGUUUUUGAUGAUGACGACAAUGAUGAUGAAGAUGAUUUUAACAGUUUUACUUCUGGUCUUUCCUAGCUAGAGAAGGAGUUAAUAUUUCUAAGGUACCUCCCGUAUCUCAUGUAAUGACAUUGAUUUCUAAUGACAUAAAUUUCAGCCUGAUAUUGAUGCCAAGCUUUUUUUUUUUUUUGCCACAAAGAAGAUUCUUAUGAAGAAUGGACUUUGUGGAAACAGCUGGUACUGAUGUUCACCUUUCUAUAUGUACUAGCAUUUUCCACGCCAAUGUUUACAUGCUGUAAACAGUUCUGCACUCUUGUACAAAACAACAACAACAACAACAACAACACCUGUCGCAUCCAAACAUAGUAUCUGUCUUUUAGUCAAAAUAGAGAGUGGGGAAUGAGUGUGCCGUCUCAGUACCUCAACCCCUGAACGACACUCUCCUAAUCCUAAGCCUUACCUGAGUGAGAAGCCCUUAACCUAACGAGAGUCCAAUAUAACUGAAAUGUCACUCUAAUACUCUUUACACUUAUGAGGUUAUAUGUAGAAAAAAAAAUUUACUACUAAACGAUUUCAGCUAUUGGCUUUCUAUAUUUUGAAAGUAAUGAUACUGUCUCAUUUUUUACUGAUGGUUUAAUACAAAACACACGGGACUUGUUUCCCCUCAUAAGUAGUGUUCACUCCAAUAUUCACUUCGCAAACACAGCUCUUCAAAAGCAGACUCUGAGAAGCCUCGUGCGUUAGCAGAAAGUUCCGCAUCACGUGACUGUGGACAGGCAGGAGGAAACAGAGCAGACAAGCGCAUUGUCUUUUAUCAUUUCUUGAAGUGCAAGCCUGCAUAUCUGUGAGGGAACUGGUGGCUGCUUGUCAAUGUUCUGCAGCGUCUUGUGGCACCCUUGUCACGGUACAGUCCAGUACAUUGGUUUUCAGGUUAUCUGACAAAGGCAGCUUUGAUUGGGACAUGGGGGCAGAGGCAGGCUGCCGUUUCUUUGGCAGCACAUCCAUGCCAGGAUGCACAGUUAUUUUCCUAAGGAUUGUCUUUACGCCUGACUGCAAUGUCUUGGCCACCAUUUAGAGCAGUUUGGUCUGAAGGUUCAAGAUCUGCUUGCCUCUUGUUUUGUGUCCUCCGAGACAGACUGCAGCUGACCAUGUUAAAAAAGAAGGAAGGUUUGUGGCUCAAAAGGGUUGACAUUAGGUUUGGUGAGAUGAGUUGGUUGGCACAGGUCAGCAGAACAGGAUCCUGGUGAUAGGAAAUCUGGCUUUGCUAACUGCAUACCAUCUUCCAUUAUUCACUUUACUAACUAAAUAGACCCUCAAGUGCACUUUCGAAGCCUGGUUUAGAUGGUGAGAUUCCGAAUCUACUGUGACUGAGUACUGGUGGCCACAUUUCUCCAACAUUAAGUAAAGAAGAGGAGAUUCCACCUUAAUAAAGUGCUGGUGAGCACUGGCUUUCUUCCCACAUUGGUAGAGAAGAUGGAGGAGGAAACCAGGGUGCACAUUUCCAUAGAUCCCCUUCGCCUGCUGUUGUUUACCUUGUAAGAUUAUUCAAAUCACUGAGGGGAAAGGGAAAUCUAUGAAAUCUAAAAUAAAGUCAUAGUCUUUUGGUGUUCAAAGUACAUUUCUAUCUAAAUGUUAAUCGACAAAAAUGUACAGUAUUCAGUACUGACUUUUUUCGCUUCAAAAUAUUUUCAAGGGAAAUUCAGCAGAUAUCCAACUGUAUUUGAUUAGUGAAAAGUUCUAUAAAGACUCUUACUUUGAAUAAACACAUUAAAUGUGUCAAAAUAUUUGGAAUGCCAGCUAUCUAUGAGCGGAUAUCUCUUACAGAGCAUAUUUUGUUUUCAUUAAGGUAUCUCUGUAUAUCUACACUGGACUAAUUGCAUAUGGGUGUGAUUCUAUGUGAUCCACUGUAGAAAACUAUUGAUUACUUCUGCGUUAACAGCAGGUCUAAUUAGCUUCAGAUGACCAAAGAGGAAAUGGGUGUUUCAGUGCUAACAAGGGCACCCUUCAUUGAAGAAUGCAAGGGUAUGCAACAUAAAUUAAAUUUUGAAAAGCUUCAUCUGUCACCAAUGAAGAUCUCCUUUUUCUUCAGCGAUAAAAGCAUAUUCCAGUUACCAAAUCCUCAAUUUGAAAAUGAGUUGCUGAUUAAAUAAAUAGGGGGAAGCAUCUUGUUCAGGGACAACACGUUGGAAAGAUUCUUACAAAAGCAAGCCAAGCAAAGUUUCUGCCAUUCAGUGUGAUCUUGGUUUGACACAGUGACCCUGAAAAUUUGUCCCAGAACUGGAGUGCAACGAUUCAAAUCAUUUACCUAUCUCAUUUCUUCUUGGCAUGCUUAAAAGCAAAAAUGAUUCAUGACUUCCUGUCCUUCAGUCUGAGAAUUUGGAGUGCCACAGAAUACAGGGGUUAUCUGCUGAGGUUUGGGUGUCUGGCAGGAAGUAUCUCAUUGCAGUUGAUUGUGAUGACACAAAACAGUAACUAAGGUCCAUGCAGACCAUGACUCCCUGAUGAUGUCAAGCCAUGCCCUACUUAUUUCAGAGAGAAAGAGAGGGGCUAAAAAUGCAGUAUUGCCGCACUAAUUAGAAGCACAUUCAUUCCACUUUGAAUAUCUUUGACCGAUAUGUUUGAGUAUCUUUUGAAUAGAGCACAUGAAGAAAGAAGGGCACAAUGUAGAGAAGGAAUUGAGAAUGCCAGUUACAGAUUUAUUUUUCCAUACCUGAUUUUUUUCAAGUCUCUAAUUUUAAAAAAGUGUAAGUUGAGAUUAACAUAGGUUAUUUUUUAUGAAGUAUAGCAAACGAUCUAGAAUGUGAUAGGAAUGUGGUUUCCAUUUCAUUUUUUUAAACACACGUUUAUGCUAUAGUAAGAAUUUGAGAAGUUGUGUCUUCGAGUUCCUCAAACACAAGACAGGGCACCCCCAGAGCUGCCCCAGACUUUGAUUUGGUCUAUAUUCAGAUGGUUCCUGUCUCACAUACACUCUGAGGAUGAGUGCUUCCGGCUGCUGCCCAUCUCCCUCUUGCCUUCUUGUCUCUAAAUCAGACAUUCCCAAGCACUCCAUCUGCUGUACUAGGAGAGUGGGAGAGCCGAAGCAUUUUGGAGUCCCUAUAAAGUGCCUGGGAAAAGAGAUGGAAGAGCAGUGGGAGUUUACAUAAUUAGCAAAUUCUUUUCCCAGAAUCCAGCAUAAAUGUAUUUCUGUUGUUAUUAUUUACAAAGUUGUGGCCUUAGAGGAGCUGUCUUUUGGAAAAUAAGUUUUCAUUCAUGCAGUUAGACAUGCACGAUGUAUUUGAAUCAAUAAACUGUGAACCAGAAAAGGGCUGCUUGAAUGAAUUCACAUGUUCUAAUUCUCAUUCAAGGCUGUUGAUGAUCUCCUGGAUUCAUACCCCAUUGAUCUGUGUUACUCUUGCCUCUGCUCUUUGAUAAAGCAAAUUAGACCAUGUGAGACCCAUCUUUUCAAGAAUGACCUAAAAAUGAUGGCAACAGGCAGGAGUGAAUGCCCGCUGGCCUGGGCACAGUGACAGUCCCAUCUGAACUUGGAGAGUUGAAGAGAUAAGGCAAAAUCAAGGUGCAACAGUGGGGUAUGUUCCAAGGGUCAAUGGAUCAGAGAGUCCACUAAUGUUCCUAACAAAACAACCAGAGUUCCUUGAAUCAGGCAGAAGUUCUUUAGCGACUGGAAGCCAGAGCUAUUAAUGAUAUCUGAAUGAUAGAGGAAGGAAUUUCUUAUUAGAAAUUCUAAAAUAAAACAAGUGGGGAUUUGGUUGGGUACCCCUAAACUAUACUUUUGUCUCAUCCCUAAGAUAGAUAUCUCAAAUGUGUAUCUAACAGCUUUUGACCUUGACACAGCUCUGCUUCUCAAGUGACCAUUUGUUUUAACUCUGUUGUCUAGAAUUCUUUGUGGGGGCUGGACCUCUGAAAAAGAUUCUCACUGCAGAGGCCUUAAAUCUGUGGGAUUUUGCCACUCCCUCUGUCCUGGGAUGUAUUCUGUAGGACAUUUCAUUUAUAUCAGGACAUUGGCUGAUUCCGUUCUCUUUCAUCGUUAUUAUUCAGGCCUUCCUCCAUCACCUUGUCCUUUAUUGCCUAAGUAUUGCCCCUCCCGAUUCUUCAUCCUAAUUACUCUAAAUUUAGUUCAACCCCAAUUAAUUUUUGUUCCAAUAAAUAUCUUUUCAGACAGAGAAGCCUCUCUCAGGAGUCAGGUGAUCCGAAGAUGAUGCUAAUCCCCAAAUAAGAAGUUCUUCUAGCUAACUCCUCUCUGAGCUCCCUCUUCUUAGCUUUGGGAUUGGGGAUGGUCUUAUCCUUGCCAGGCAUUCCUCUGUUGCUCCCAGUGUCUCUGAUGAGCUUCUCCUCCCCCAGAGAAAAUGCAGGGGUGGUUUUUCAGCAGAAUGUGCCACCUGCACUUCUGAUUGUUCUGAGACCCAGCCCAGAGGGGUGGAGAAGGCACACAAACCCUAUUCCAAUAAACUGCCUGCAGAGAACCACAGCCUGCUAAUAGUCGUUGAGGUCUCAGCCCCCUAAGGUCUCCAAGCUCAUUUGACCAGCGCAGCUGUGACUUCGGCUGUCUGCCUCUGGCAGGUGCCAAUAACAGCAUCUUGUCCCACUGCCACGGGGAGUUAAUUUUUGCUCCAGGGCAGCUGCCAAGCCCAGCACGAGCAUCAAUAGAAGGUUUUCUCUGAUUUUCUUCUUUUCAUCUCAAGCUAGGCUUUCUUACCAAUCCCCAAUUUUGUUUUGUAAGGCACCAGGAGACUGGCCCGAGAUCUUUGGCUUCUUCCUUAGUUUGGAUACCUCUUGCUGCUCAUAAUCAGGCUUCUUCAGCAGAAAGCAUGACCCGUUGUAGGUACUUAGAAACUGGCUGAAUGACCUUGUCAUUUAAGGGCUUUAUCCUGUCAGAUAGUAGCAAGAACUGGCCUGUUGGCAUCAUAUUCCUGGCAUUGGGCUGUACUGACACUGAACAUGUCCUCCUGAGAGUUUUGGGGGUGACCUGGAAGAAAGGGUCGGAGAAAGUAUUGGGAUCCAAGUGACUUUGAAUCUUCCCACUGUGUUUCUUGCUGAGAAACACAGACUAGCACCUGUCCCAGCAGGCUCACCAUAUCUGCCAGAAAGGACAAAGCCCAAAAUGGUGGUAGACUUUGUGGGAAAUUAGCCAGUUAGUCCUCUGAGAUUUUAAUCUGCUUCAAGCACAGGAUGCUGACAAGAAAGGUAGACCACUCCCCCGAUCCCAGACGAAUGCCAGGAAUGACAACUUCUCCAUCAGUAUCCUGAGAAGCAGAGUCAAAUGCUUAUCAAGUCAGCACGUUUAUUGAGUGAGUACUCUGAUGGAAGGAACCAGCAUUUGGAGCUGAACUUGAGAACACAGGAUCCUCUGACAGCAGCUUAGGGAAACACCCAUUCCUUCCAGACUGGCAGAAUCCUUCCAUUUCACGUCCUUCAGAGACACUGUAUUCUUCUUAUAAAUAGUUCAUGAAACUUUCUCAGUCUCGCUGUCCCAGGAGUUAAGUCCUCGGCCACGUGCACACAAUGGCAAAUCCAGCUCUUCCAUGAUAGAGAAGGUAAAACACCCACCUCUGAGCCUGAAAGGCCACCUCUGAGCACUUAGGCUGCCACUCCUCUGGGCCUCAGAUGCCAUGAGCAUGGCCAGGUAGGCACAGAGGUAAGGCAGUCACAACUGUCAGGUACCGGCCAUGGUGCAGGUGGGAAUAAGGGAUACCAGAGCUACUUGAGCUGAAGAAAGCAAACAGUCAGCAGUGCUCAAAGGAGCAAAACUGCGAAUGUGCACGAUGACCCCAACGCCUACAAGCAAAACACAGAUCCUAAGACUAGAGUGAAGUAGGAAGAAGAAUUAGAAAAUCCAGUGGGUGUCCUGAGUAUAGGGAACCAGGGCUGCUGAAAAUCAGUAAAGGUCGAUUACCUGGGGCCAGACGGGGUGACAGUGGCAGAGCAGGUGAAGGUACUCUGGCCUUCUCAGUUCGCUGGCACAUUAAUAAAGCUUGGUCUUUCAUUCUCAUUCAUUCUCUCUCUCUCUGUCACAAUGAUUGAAGGGCUGUAUGCUCCAGCAUUAUCUUCUUGGUGCGCCAAGCAUGCGUGAUCUGGAAUUCGGGUUUUCAUUUUUUAGCUGUAGCUGAAGGCAUUUCUCAAAUGUGGAAAAAGAGAAUGGAAGCCACAGAACCAAAUCAGUUGGCCCUGCCGUGUUUGGCUGUGAUCUUACUCUCAUCAGACAUUUCUGAUGUGCAUUUCUGGAUUCAGAAAGAGCUGAUUGUCCUCCAAGGGUUGAAAAAACAGUUUAGGAAACCUGAAUCCAGGGCCUUACAGUUCUCCUCAUUAUCUAUCUUCUUCUCCCUUCCCUCGCUAAGGGAGUGGGGGAAUCACUGUUCACUGCAGUUUGCUUUAAAGAGUUUUCCCAUCUCGUGUGCAUUAUCCCUUGAUAUUGAAAUUAUUUUCUCAGUUUAAUCCAACUCCUGCUGAGAAGCUGUGAGAGAUUUAGGUUUGUGGGAUUUUUUUCUUGUACUCUUUUGGAUGGUGUUGCAUUUUUCACUCUUAACCCAAGGGUAUGUUUCAGCUUAUGUUUGCUCUGUUUCAUGCAGGUUUAUAGUAUGGUAGAAUAGAAGGAGGCUUCUGAUGUUUAGGGUAUUUUUAGAAUUCAUUCUGAGUGAGGGGUUCAGACACCCAGUCUCCUCAGAACGUGGGUGAGGGGUAGCCUCCACUUAGGCUUCGGGCAAGUCUCCAUGUUCUAUUGUGUGUUUACCGAGCUUCCCACUGGUAGAAGAUGACACAUUUGUCCCAUUGUUCUGUGUAUCUGCUUUCCAGAGGACACCGGGACAUUCUCCUGGGGUCACUCCCACAAGGCUUCCUCACACAGCUGUUUUGCAACAGCCUUUAUUGCCAACACCCAUGGAAGAACAUCUCCUGCAGAAGUACAAGUUUUGCAAUUUGGACUUUGGAAGUGGUUUUGUGAUGUUCGAAUUUUCUGUUAGCCUAUUGCUCAAGCACUACAGAAUGUACAUAGUCCCUUUGGCCAUCCUUCCACCCUAGGAUAUCCUAAUAAACAUUGUUUUCUUUUUU